UCCAAGUAUGUCAAGUACACGAGCGCAGGCUCUUAGUCUCUACAGGAGGCUAAUACGGGAAUGCAAAAAGUUUAAUUCUUACAAUUUUAGAAUGUAUGCACUUGAGAAAACACGCUAUGAGUUCCGUGCUAAUAAAGAAGUGACAGAUCAGCAACAAGUAUUAGCUCUGCUUGGUAAAGCGCAAGAAAAUCUAGAUAUUACAAAGAGACAGGUUUUGAUAGGACAGAUGUAUGGCGAGGGACAUUUGAUCAUUGAAAAUCCAGAGUAUAUGAAGAAGUCUUGAUGUACAUAUUCCUUAGCUCAAAUUCAUAAAAUAAAUAAGUUCUGCCAAUGAUAUUUAAGUUUAUUCAAAAUGUAGAGUGAUACCAAAGAGAAACAUUGUGUUACGAUUUUUGUUAAUUCAAUGACUGUUGUUAUAAAUACCAUAAGAGAGUAUGGUGCUGCAGAUGAAGUGAUGGAAAUAUUCAGAUCAGAUUUGGAUUUUGUCAUGUGUCAGCUUUGAUGUAAAAUCAAGUUUUACUUGUUGUUAUUUAAUCACUACUGUUGUGGAUCUUUAUUAAACAGUUAUUCUGACAUUGUUAUAGUUAAACACAAUCUGUCCUUAAAGAAAUUUGACUUAUUUGUUAUACUAAAACCUGGCGGUUUCUGCACAUACAAUUGGAUAAUUAUGUGGCUUGGAAAACAAUAGAAAACAGUAGCUAGAUUUCUUUUACAUGGCAAAAAAUAGACAGAACCAAGGAGUAGCCACCUAACUGUAAUUGGAAGUACAUAUUAUAUAAAAUUAAAAAAAAUAUUUUAGCUAGAAUUAUCAAACCUCAUAUAGUUGUUGAUUAGUUUUGACCUUUGCUAACAUUUAGUAUUAUACCCCCUUUUUAGCUCCACUAUUCGGAAAAAUAGGGGUGCUAUUCUACUCGCCCUGGCUUCGGCAUCGGUGAAGGCGUUGGCGUGAGCUUUCUUAGUAAAAGUUUUUUGGCAAUCUUUGUUAGCUCACCUGAGCACAAAGUACUCAGAGGUGAGCUUUUGUGAUCACCCUGUGUCCG